ACCCUUCAGGUCUCUAUUUCUCUCCUCAUUUCAUUUCCCCCAAAAAAUAAAAAUGGAAAACAAACCCUAGUUUUCUCUCUCUUCGAAAAUUUUAUCAUCUUCACUCUUCUCAUUUACCUCUAAAAUUAAUCAAACAACUGAAAUUUUCAACUUUUCAAAAAUUCUUUUUUCGCGCUUUUUUUUCUCUAUCUAGAAAAUUGAGAUAUUUGAUUUUUUUGAGUUAAAUUUUGAUUUUCAUUUUGAGUUGUGUUAUGGUAAUCUUAAUUGCGGAAGUUAUUAGGGUUUGAUGCUGGUGAAGAAGUUUUGAAAUUGAGAGAUCUAAAGUUUUGUAACUAUGACGUUAACGGGAAAAGAGAUUGAGAUUCAGCUUAUUAAAUAUGGUGACCAGCUUCUCGCUCCUUCUCUCACAGUUUCGGAGUUGCUUGCUUCACUUGAUAGAGUUGAAAGCUUACUCACCCGAGUUGAACAGUCACCAUCCGAAUCAAUGAAGAAAGCUCUCUCUCCGUUAAUGAUAGCUCUGGUCGCUAAUGAGCUUUUAAGACAUUCGGAUAAUGAUGUGAAAGUUGCUGUUGCUUCAUGUAUCAAUGAGAUUAUGAGGAUUACAGCUCCAGAUGCACCUUAUGAAGAUGAUCAAAUGAAGGAGGUGUUCCAGUUGAUUGUAUCUUCUUUUGAGAAGCUGGAUGAGAAAUCCAGCCUCUCUUACCUCAAGAGAACGUCCAUCCUUGAUACAGUGGCAAAAGUCAGAUCAUGUGUGGUGAUGUUGGAUCUGGAAUGUGAUGCUUUAAUUCUGGAUAUGUUUAAGAACUUCUUUAGAACAAUUAGGAGUGAUCAUCCUGAAACUAUUUUUAAUUCUAUGGCGACAAUAAUGACCCUUGUCUUGAACGAAAGUGAGGAGAUAUCAGUGGAUCUUCUUUCGUCUAUAUUAGCCGUCCUGAAAAUAGAGAAUAAGGAUGUCCUGCCUAUUGCUCGCCAGCUUGGAGAGAAUGUGAUUAAACAGUGUGCUAGCAAGCUUAAACCUUAUCUGGCACCAGCUUUGAAGUCUCUUGGUACUACUAUAGACGAUUAUACUAAGGCUGUGUCAGAAGUUUUGCAAGUCGAAAGUGAAGCUAAUGAUUCACAGCAUGCAAUGGCUGCAAGCAAAAAUGCAAAUGAGAAGAACAAUGUGGCUAAAGAGGUUUCUGAAAAGGCAAUAGCAGUUGGAUUGCAUGUCAUGGAUGAUAAACCUCGUUCUGUAGAUGUUGUUGCUACUACUGUCGGGUCCUCAAAGUCUGUUGUGAGCAAUGAUAAGCUACAGAAAGUUACUAAAGAAGAUACGUCUGCUGGAAAUGAUGAUUCCAAGGAAGAAAGUCAUGAAGCUCUUCUUGAAAAAUCAGAACCAGAACCAAGCAAGGCUAACGUUCAGAAUUCAGAAGCUGAAAAACUCAUAAAGUCACGAAUGAAGCCUGAUAAAGCUGGCAGACGUAAAGGGAAGAAAAAAAAAUCUUCUAAGAGCUCUUCUGAACCUUCUGAAACUUCUAUUGUGAAUGCAAAGGAGGGAGUUGAAAUGCCUGAGAUUCAAGAAAAAGAUGUUAAGAAUGUUGACAAUGAACAGAGUGAGGUGCCUGUCACAGAUGCUGCAGAGCCAGUUGAAAACAAGAAAGAUCUGGAAGACCCAGUCCCCUCUCCUAAAAAAUAUGACGAGCCUGUUAAUGUUCCCUCUCUCUUUCCUGGCGGAGAACCUAAUGAUGAAACUUGUUUGAAAAAGGCCGAACCUGAAAAGAAGGAUAAAUCUGGUGAAGAUGUGCCAGUGGGUAAUGCUUAUUUGAAAAAGGAACCUCAUUCCAAAAAGUCUUCUGAAGGAGCUAGUGUGUCAGAGUCCAAGUCUAAGCGCACAGGGAAAAAGGUACCUUCUGCAGCUGACAAGGAAGAUGGCAUACUGAAUGUUGCUCAUGUGUCAAAGAAGGAAGAUCAAAAGAUAAGUGAGUUGAAUGCUAAAUCAGCAAAGAAGUUGGGCAAAAAGACUGAAGUUGGUAACCAGCAUGAAGAACAGAAAAACCAAGGACAGAAGUCUGUUGGUUCUAUGAAGUCUGCUGCAAAAUCUGCCAAAGAUGAAGGUGAUAUAGAUGAAGCGUCUAAGUCAAGUUCCAAAAGAAAGCGUUCCAGCCAAAAAAAGGGACCGAAAUAUGGGGAGGAAAUGGUUGGCAUAAGGGUCAUGAUUUGGUGGCCUGAUGACAAGAAGUUUUAUGAAGGGUCUAUUGAACACUUUGAUCAUUCUACUGGAAAGCAUAAGGUUGUUUAUACUGAUGGUGAUGUGGAGUUUCUGAAGCUCGAGAGGCAGAAGUGGAAACAGAUCCUAGAAGAUCCCGUGCCUGAUGAGAAGCUUUCAAGUGAUGGUGAAAGUCCUGAUGAAGCCACUGAAAUGCCAAAAUCUAAGAAAGCUAAGAUGAGUCCUGCCCUUGCAAAACAAGGGAAGAGUGAAUCCUCGGCUAAAAAGGCCGGAGCUUCGACCAGCAAAUCUAAAGCUCCAUCCAAGUCUCAGAGUAAACAAAAGGAUAAUAGUGAAUCAGAUAAUGCAAAAGACAAAACUUUGAAAAGUAUUGGAAAAUCCGAGGAGAAUAAAAGUGGAAAAUCUUCUACGAAGACAUCUAACAGCACUCCUAAAUCAAGCGCAAAAUUCAAAGAUAAUGAUGACAUGGAGACGUCCAAGGGGGGCAGCAAGUCCAAGCAAGAAACACUUAAAGACGCUUCGAAGUCAAAGGGUAAAUCUACUACAAAGAGUGGCGGUAAACCAAACGACAACAGCAAACUGAAAACUGGUUCAACUGCAGAGAAGAAAGAGACCGGGGACAUUGAAUCAUCGCCCAAACGUGCAAAACCGUCUGAAAAUUCAAAGGUCAAGUCUCCAUCAAAGUCCCAAAAGAGUUCGAACAAGAGAAAAAGAAGUACAAAAGGCUAAGGAAGCAGUCACAUACUGUUUCUUAGAUGUGUUGGUUCUCUGAUGUCUGCUGAUGGUGCUACCCCUUUGCUAUUGAUGGUAUUACAACAGCUCGACAGUUGUAUUUUAGGCUUUAGUGUUGUGUAAAUUUUUUUUUUCGUUUGAGAGCAUAUUAGACUUCUGUAGAAUAGCUAUUUCCUAGAAAUCAAUUCGGUAGAUAGAUGUAGCAUGUAGAUUAAAUGUUCAAUGUUAAACUGCAUUCUAUGAUCGAAAACGUUGUCUGUAUGACGUGCUUAUUGGCAUUUUUCGUUCUGCUUGGAUGAGAUGUUGAAUUGAUAUUUUUUCCUUCCUUCGGAUUUCCAAUAUUGAAGAGGAGAUUGCUAUGUUUGCGUGCUAUCCGAGCAAUAUGGUUGUCUAUUUUGUUGGUAGACAGUCCAUUGACGUGCAAGGAUCUAAAAUUAGACACAGAAGUCGGAUUGUUAUUGCAACCCUGGACAACUCAGAAUGUCUGGAGAGGCUUUAUGUUGUUCUGAACCAUUGCAGUCAUGUUCUUCAUGAGGCUGAUCGGACUAUAGAUAUGGGUUUUGAGGCACAGGUUGCCGUCUCGGAAGCAAUACCUUCUAGAAAAUCUGACAAUAGAUUUAGACAAGGCUGGCUAUCAAGUCAUGACGUUGCAUGGCGGAACAUAACAGGAACACGUAGAAAUCAGCCU